UAGCAGCUGGCACGAGCUGUGACGCUGCCGGUGGGCCCCCGCGUGGAUCGGCUGGGGGCGAGCACUCCAGCCGCCGCCGUCCCGGUGAUGCCAGUCUCCCCCGCACCGACGCCGGCCCACCAGGUGUUUCAUCGUGUUGCCCCGCACCGAGAUUACCACCACCUCCAUCCACUCCGACCUCUCAGUCAAAGCUACUGUUCGUUUGGAGUGAGUGAAGCCUUGUGGACUUCUUCGCUUCCCGAAGCCAAGAUCGAGCGUCUUCCUCAUUCGCUCGCCUCGAUCCGGCAAUGCGCGCGGCGGCCGGAGGCGCCACGCCGCGACGUGCGGGUGGCAUCCGUGUCCGCGCCCCACUGGUAGAGUCUGUCUCCUGCUAUUGCAGGGUAGAUGGAGGUCUUAAAACCGUUGUAAGUGCUAGGAAGUUUGUCCCUGGUGCAAAGCUGUGCAUGCAACCUGACAUCAUACCAAACAAGCGCAAGUCAAGGAGCUCGCGCAAGGAGAGGUCCCAAACUCAAUCACCACUGCUACCUGGGCUUCCUGAUGAACUGGCUAUUUCCUGUCUUAUGCGGGUUGCUCGGGUCGGGCACCCAAAUAUGCGGUUAGUCUGUAAACGAUGGAACCGACUUUUAUCUGCGAAUUACUAUUACUCCUUGCGUAAGAAAUUUGGUAUGGCAGAAGAAUGGGUCUACGUGUUCAAAAGGGAUCGUGAUCAGAAGCUAUCUUGGUAUGCCUUUGAUCCAGUAAACCAGCUCUGGAAGUCAUUGCCUCCAGUUCCACCAGAGUAUUCAGAAGUUGUUGGUUUUGGUUGUGCUGUUCUCAAUGGAUGCUACCUGUACUUAUUUGGCGGCAAAGACCCAGUACAUGGGUCUAUGAGGCGGGUUGUAUUUUACAAUGCUCGGAUAAACAAAUGGCUUCGAGCUCCAGAUAUGCUGCAAAAGCGGCACUGCUUUGGUUCUUGUGUCAUAAACAACUGUCUUUAUGUUGCUGGUGGGGAGUGUGAAGGGAUACAAAGAACUCUGAGGUCUGCUGAGGUAUAUGAUCCAAACAGGAAUAGAUGGUCUUGCAUUGCUGAAAUGAGCACAGGAAUGGUGCCCUCCAUUGGAGUAGUACAUGAUGGCAAGUGGUUCCUAAAAGGUCUCAAUUCUCAUCGCCAGGUCGUGAGUGAGGUCUAUCUACCAGCAUCUAAAAUGUGGUCAGCCACCGGUAAUGAAAUGGUCGCUGGUUGGCGGAAUCCAAGCAUUUCAUUCAACGGGCGGCUUUAUUCUUCUGAUUGCCGUGAUGGCUGUAAGCUUAGAGUUUAUAAUAGAGAGGCAGGAUCAUGGACAAGAUUCAUUGACACCAGACACCAUCUGGGAAGCUCACGAGCUCUUGAAGCUGCAGCCUUUGUCUCCCUUAAUGGAAAGCUGUGCAUUAUCCGUAACAAUAUGAGCAUCACUCUUAUUGAUUUAUCAGACCCAACAACAGUUAUUGAGGUUGACAGUGCACGCAUGUGGGAUGCGUUUGCUCGAAAGGGGCAGCACAGGUCUUUCAUGGCAAACCUGUGGUCAACCAUCACAGGCCGUAACCUGAAGACAGAUAUUAUGCAUUGUCAAGUGCUCCAGGUUUGAGGUUGGCCAUAUGUGAAGUGGAAACAUACUCACAUUUAGAUACAAUCCUCAGGCUCAGAGGCCCUGUUAGAAGCUGAAAUGGGUAUGAAUUUUAGCAAAGAGACCAGCCUUUGCCUCAGUAAACAUCCACUGAUUUUGUCUUUGGAACUUUCUAAUUUUGGCAUGGUUGCAUCCUAUUUAUCAGAUAAGCUUCCAAGAUAUUGGUACUGGGGACCGGAGGAAGAAUCUGCCAUGGCUUAUGAGGCUUCCAGUGUUGAAUGGCAGCUUGGGCUCCAAAAAUCAGAAGUCGCAGGAAGCACUGACAAAGGACGGUCUAAGCUUAGAGCAGGAGCAAAGCUGAGGUUGGGCACUAUGACUAAAGUCCCCCAUGGAUUGGUACAGAUAGCAAUUAGUUCAGUUUUGUAGAACCGAAUGCAAAUCUCCAAACGCUUCCAUGGAGUAGGUGGUUGUUUCAGCAGUACUCCAUGAUAUUGCUGAGCUGGUGCUUCAGGAAUUUGCAUGGCUGAUACUGUUGAUGUAGGCAGCAAAGGUUGCUGCCAUGAUGUUGAACAUUUUCAGAAAAGGAAGAAUGACGAGCCUCGUCACUGUACAGAUCUUCCUUUUGCUUAUCAGGCAUGGGAAGUGGAAACGAAUACCUGCCUGGUGUUGUUUGCUGAGAAGUUGUUGAAACUGAUCAGUGCUAUUUCCGAAAGAAAUUUCUGCAAGCAUUCUCUCCUUUUGAAUUAUGAAUAAUGCAAUCUUGUAAGGACUCCCUAAAGGUUGCCCUUUGAACUAUGAGCAAAUCAGCUCAAUGGCAUUGAAUAACAUAUAUACCUGCUUGAUA